GUAGUGCCCCCCCGGGCGUGGACCCGGAGGCCUUCUCCUGGUUCCAGGCGGUCGAUGCCGAUCACAGCGGGUUCAUCUCCGUGAAGGAGCUGAAGCAGGCGCUGGUCAACUCCAACUGGUCGACGUUCAACGAGGAGACCUGCCUGCUGAUGAUAAAUAUGUUCGAUAAGACCAGGUCAGGACGCAUAGAUGUGUACGGCUUCUCAGCCUUGCUGCGCUUCAUCCAGCAGUGGAAAAACCUCUUCCAGCAGUACGACAGGGACCAGUCAGGCUCCAUCAGCUUCAACGAGCUCCAGCAAGCUUUCUCCCAGAUGGGCUAUAACCUGAGCCCCCAGUUUAGCCAGCUGCUGCUGGCCCGCUACGCCCAGCGAUCCUCCAACCCCAGCAUCCAGCUCGACCGCUUCAUUCAGAUCUGCAUGCAGCUCCAGAGCACGACUGACGCCUUCCGCGAGAAGGACACGGGGCUGGUGGGCAACGUGCGGCUGAGCUACGAGGACUUCCUCACGAUGGUCGUGACUCGCAUGAUGUGA